CCCUAGCAUGAGUGCGGUAAUCGGAAGGACAUGACAUAAUGAUUUGAUAAAUUUUGGUAUAAUCAUGCGAGCGUACACUCCCACGAUUCCGGGUGAACCUCUUGGUUAAAUAUCAGAAUAACGUGUCUGCUUUACUAGAAACACUACGCACAGAAAUCAUUACAAAGAUGAUCGAUGUGAAAUCCAAUCUUGGGGACGCUCACCUACAGAAGUUGUCUGCCACAUCAUUUAUUAUCGUCGAAGACAGCAUGGAGAUGUUGCCGACAAAUAAAACACAGCUUGUGAUCCUUGCAGACAAUGUCAGUAAAUUCAGUGUACAGGAUAAAGUGUUACUGGGGGCUUUGUCCACUGUCGGCACGUUGGUAAUUCUAGCAUUGACUCUUCGGUUUCUGAAACAACCGUGCAAGGACCGUAUUCAGAAUGGACAGGAGAAGACGGAAUAUGAUAGAUAUUGUUCAAGUUCCAGUUUAGAAGAUACAUCGUCCGAUGUGUCAUUCCAAACUUCCUCUUCCGGUUUCUCAGAGUCCUCGGGCAGCUCUAGCCAGGCGACACAAAUUUCGUAUUGUUCAUCUGAAUCAUCUCUAAAGUCAGAGAAUAGAUCAAUAACUUUAUCUUCGUCAUUACCAGAUUUGACUGGAAAGAACGCAAAAUCUAUCAAUCUAUCGUCACCUACAAUCUUCGCCCUAAACACCGAACUCAUGCCAAACCUGUCUUCUCCUAGCGAAUCAUUAAGAGCAGAGAGGCUAUCAGAAGCAGAGAGAGAUUCCAUUAAAUACAUAACAUACAUGAACACGUCACUGUCAAAUUCCUUCUUGUCGUUAACAUCCUCUCAGUCAACAGACAAACCUCCACGUGACCCAAAGAACGCCACAGUCGAACACACGUACGGAAAAUAUUUACCAAAAUUCUACAAGAAAACAAACAUGAUUAAGGAGGAUAAGAAUCAAAACAAUAGCGUAUAGAAUCCCGAUCUGUUUAUUUAUUGUAACUUGCAUGAUUAUAAAAUUUAUACAAUCCUACAAUCCUCUACUAAAUCAUUUAUAAAACGGUAGAUGAUGAAUUAGAAAUGAUUUAUGUUUAUGUAAUUUUACACGUGUGUGUUUGUGUGUGUAUGCUUGUGUGUAACAGUAUGUUUGUUAUUUUUUGUACAACAAAACACAAAUAAAAGUACAAUGUCAUUAAU